UAGAGAUAUAUAUAUAUCUGUCAGAUUUCCGUUUAAGGAUAGUCCAUCUCGAAAUGUUGUCUAAAUUGGGUUGUCUGCUGUUUGUUCUCUCGUUUGGGAACAGCUUUUGUUUAAGCAAGGACGACCUACCAGAGAUAGACACGCCCUUAGGAAGGGUUCGAGGAUAUUGGAAGACAUUAGAUGACAUAACUUAUGCUGCCUUUGAGGGAAUUCGAUACGCAGAACCACCCGUAGGCGAUCUUAGAUUCGAAGAAUCUCAACCCAUUGCAGCCUGGUCAGAAACAUGGGAGGCCAACGCUCUUCACCUGUGUCCCCAGGCCGACUUGGCUUCUCUUGACAUAUCUGGAGAAGAAGAUUGUCUCUACAUAAACGUGUAUAUCCCUGAAGGGUCUGUCAAAAACCCAAAGGCACUCGAUGUGAUAGUGUCACUCCAUGGCGGUGGCUUUAUGUCAGGUGCUGGAAACAUUACUUUCAAUACAUUCCUGGAGCACGACACUGUGCUUGUAUCUUUCAAUUAUCGUCUUAACAUUCUAGGGUUCCUCAGCACGGAAGACGACGUCAUACCCGGCAACAACGGCAUGAAAGACCAAGUCUUAGCACUCAAAUGGGUCAGGGACAACAUCGCUUCGUUCGGGGGAAAUCCCCACUCCGUUACCAUAGUCGGUUUGUCAUCAGGUGGAGCCAGCGUCCACCACCACUAUUUCUCGCCACUUUCUAAAGGAUUAUUCGUCAGGGGGAUAUCGCACAGUGGCACAGCCCUAGCACCAUGGGCUAUAAGGAGGAACCCCCUGCAACGUGCGAAGAAACUUGGCGCGUUGGUGGGUUGUCCUGAUGGCUCCACAGAAGAACUGAAGGCGUGUCUCAAGCAGACGCCAGUGCACACUUUGAUGGAGCAAUUGACACAUUUCUAUACCUACCAGUCCGGGCCACUGAUGCCAUUAACGCCUUUUGCGCCAGUGGUGGAAAAGGGAUCGUCGAACGCUUUUCUUGACGCAGAACCUUACCAACUUUUAAAGGAAGGUAAAGUUAAUGACGCGUCUUGGAUUAACACGUUCACCGCUGAUGAUGGGCUGCUCCCUACAGGAUAUUUCUGGAACAAUUUGGAGGAAAUUGACGAAGAGUGGGGAGAAAUAUAUCCUUAUCUGAUAGACUGCAACGAAACUCUACCUGUAUCUAAUAAAGAGAUUGUAGGAAAGACAAUUUUGGAUCACUAUUUGGGAUCAGGGGAAAAAAUUAAUAAGGAGAACUUCAAAAAACUUACUCAGUUGUUUACUGACAGGUUUUUUGCUGUGCCUGCCGAAAUAACAGCUAAAAUGCAAGCCAACGCAACGAAAUCUCCAGUUUACGUCUACCUGUUCAACUAUCGCGAUGGUGAAAACAAAUUCGCAGAAUUCUAUUCAGGAACUACAGAAGUGGAUGGUGUCGCUCAUUACGAUGACGCCAUCUACUUCUAUGGGACCUUACGUAUGCAUCCAUAUUCGGAAAAAGAUAAGCGCUUGAUUUCUGCUUGUCAUAACAUGUUGACCUCGUACAUCAGCGGCGGUAUUCCUUCUUUCGAUGGGACUGACGUCUGGCAACCAACGGGACCUGAAGGGCUGACUUAUUUGCUUAUAAAUGGACCAGAGGACAUGGAGUUGAAGAAGACUGAAGGGCUGGCUCCUAUCGACUUUUGGAGUCAGUUUGGGCUGGACUCUUGGAAUAUGAAAACCUCGUUUUAAAACAUGAACUGUAGUUUGCUUUCCGUAUUUUCUUCAUUUUAAAAUCAUCUUAAAUUUUAAUAUAAAUAUGCUAUAAAUGAUGUUGUUUCCAAAAUGCUA